CAAUGGGUGAUCAAAAAGGCCCAUGGCCUAGGUUGACGACCUCCAUUGCACUACGGAGGGGCGUCCGCCUAAGGUCGGCUCAAGUAGUCGAGCCUACGUCAUAAUUUGUGCCAGUGAGGGCCUGCGUUCGCGCGGCCCUCGUCAAUUCUUAACUCCAAAUUUUUCAUGUUUCUGUUUCAACUGAUUGCAGACGAAACUAAUGGAAGAAGGUGCAGGUGAAGCUCCGUUGUUGCUGCUCCAUAAACGAUCUGGGGAUGUAUGGACAGCUUUUGCGCACAUAAUAACGGGAGUAAUCGGAUCGGGGGUUCUAGCGUUAUCGUGGAGUGUGGCUCAGCUCGGAUGGGUUGCUGGUCCAGUUUCUCUUGUUUUAUUUGCACUCGUCUCCCUUCUAAAUGCAUCUCUUCUUUUGAAUCUUCAUCUCUAUCCCGACCCUAAUAAUGGUGUCACCAUUAUCAAUCGUUCAUACUUGCAAGCUGUGGAGAACAUUUUGGGGAAUUCGAAUGGACGGGUUUGUUCGGUGUUGGUAUACUUCAAUUUAUUCAAGUUGGGAGUCGUUUAUACGAUUACAUCUGCAAUCAGCAUCAGAGCAAUUGAGCAGUCGAAUUGUUACCAUGAAAAUGGCCACGAAGCUGAUUGCGAAUACGGGAUAAAAACCUAUAUGAUCCUUUUCGGAAUUGUUCAAAUUAUAGCUUCUCAAAUACCCAAUUUCCAUUGUACAAAAUGGCUCUCGGUUAUUGCUGCAGUUAUGUCGUUUGCGUAUUCUUUCAUUGGAUCGGGGCUAGGGUUAGCCCAAACGAUAGGAAACGGAAAGGUCAAAGGUAGCAUAGGAGGAGUUUCAACUGAUGAACCAAUUCAGAAAGUAUGGUUGGUAGCUCAAGCUAUUGGAGAUAUAGCAUUUUCAUACCCUUUUCCCUUGAUUUUUCUUGAAAUACAGAGUACUCUGAAAUCACCUGCACCUGAGGAAGUAACCAUGAAGAAUGCUUCAAGAAUUGCAGUUUUUACUACUACUGUUUUUUACCUUUGCUGUGGUGGAUUUGGGUAUGCGGCUUUCGGGAACUCGACUCCUGGGAAUAUCUUAACCGGGUUCGGAUUUUACGAGCCGUAUUGGCUCAUCGACUUCGCUAAUGCAUGUGUUUUUCUGCACUUGGUUGGAGGAUAUCAGAUAUUUAGUCAGACGUUAUACGGCAUCGUGGAAAGAUGGUACGCUGAGAAGUAUCUCGAAAGUGAAUCCACAAGCAACCGGAUUUUCAGAAUGAGGCGGAAUCCCUUUCGGUUUUGUUUUCGGAUAUCAUAUGUGGUUUUAACGACAUCUAUAGCGAUGGUAUUCCCUUACUUCAAUGAAGUGGUGGCGUUUGCAGGGUCGGUGACUUUCUGGCCGUUGGUUGUAUACUUCCCGGUGGAGAUGUAUUUUGUGCGGAAAAGAAUCGCACCGUGGACCGGUAAGUGGAUUGCUCUUCGUAUCUUCACCGUUGUUUGCUUGUUUGUAUCAAUAUUUGCAUUUGUUGGUUCAAUUCAAGGGCUAAUUGCCAAAAGAUUUGGUUAGAAAGAACACCCAACUAUGUUACGCACAAAAAACGAUCCUAUUUGUGUCUCGAUGAUAAUAUGUCGAGCCACCGGUUAACGAGUCGAGUUGUAUGCUAUUCGAGUUUGGCUCGAGAAAGCAUUACCGCGCUCGAAUGUUCUUC